AUGACAUCCACAGAGGAGAAAAUAAUUGUCGUGUCCUGGGCCGGCGACGACGAUCCAGAAAAUCCCAAAAAUUGGACUAAUACUCAGAAAUGGAUCGUGACCGGUCUUAUAUCCACAAGUGUGAUGCUGUCGCACAUGUCGUCGUCGAUGAUAGCUCCAGCUGCUAGGGAUGUGGCGAAAGAUCUUGGAUCCACCAGCCCCAUUUUUGAACCUUUACUAACUUCGGUAUUCAUCUUGGCAUACGGUAAGGCCGAACCUACUACUUGGAAUUCGUUGAUAACGCUCCUUCCAGCUUUCGGCUUUCUGUAUUUUGUUUCGAUCGCUCACGUCUUGGGCCGUUCCAGAGUGGUGCAACUAGCCAAUUCUUCAAUCUUCUCUGCGCUUUUGCGAAAAGAUCCUAAUACGAUGUGGUUGUGUCGUUUCUUUGCUGGUAUUAGUGCAACGAUUGUUGGAGCGCCCAAGAGGCCUAGUCGCGGGGUAGCUCUGCUUGCCAUACCGUCUCUCUUGGGUCCAGUCAUUGGACCUAUUGUUGGUGCAUGGCUCGUCAUGAAUACGACAUGGAAAUGGAUCUUCUGGUCGACUUCUAUUGCUGCCGUCUUUGUCCAAGUCGGCUCCUUCUUUUGGCUCAAAGAGACCUUGCGCACCUCUUAUCCUGGCCCGAAAAGCAAAACAUCUUCGUUGUUGUAUAUCACGAGAGCCUCGGAAUUGCAGGAUUACAUUACAUCGCAUUUGGGAUUGGCCUUUAUGGAGGAGCACAAAUCGCCGAUGCAACCCAGAACGAGUUAUAUCGCUGCCUCAGUGCCUCGCUACGGGACAAACUGGUCGUCCCUGAGUAUCGAAUCCUCAUUAUACUACCCUGCUGCCCUGCUUGUGACUAUCGGACUGCUCAUAACAGAUACAUCAUAUUUUCAGGGUGGAGUGUUACAAGCGUUGUACACUGGGUCGUUCCGGAUAUUAGUAGGAAUUACGGUAAACUGGAAAGCGAUACAAGGGUACCUCAUUGACACCUAUACCGUUCGCGCUACGCCAGCUCACAGAGGGCUCUCUCUGCUUCGUUCACUGGGCGGUUUCGCUUUGCCGUUAUGCUCUUCCAGCUUGUACGAGAAUCUGGGAUAUGGGAAAGGAAACACUAUACUGGCUGACUGGGCUCUGGGCAUAGGAAUCCUGCUUCAGGUCCUUGGAUGCAUAACACAAGCUAGGGUUUUGAUCCUGUGGUUUUCGGGGACAAUUCUACGCCGCAAAAGUGCAAUGGUUAUCCACGAGUAA